CUUCCCAUCCCAUCUCAGCGGGACUCUGGGACACAACAGAUGCGCGGAUCCAGGAUGAGGGUUUCAGCUGCAGCCUGUUGAGGCGAUUUGGGGAAUUUUGCUUUAAAAUCUAAACUUUCAGCGCCGAGAGCUUUGAUGGAGAUCUUAAUUUUCUGCCCUAAUUAGAGAUCAGAGGAAAGAGGACCCAGAGGAAACAGAGAAGGGACUUUUGGUCAGGGACCCUUCUGCUGACUGACUCUUUGUGCUGGAGGCGUUUUUUUUUUCUCCUCUUUUGGGCAGUAAGGCCUCCAAGAUAGAUUCCCUCAGGAGUAAAGUGGAGUUGCUGCGUCUCCCGUUGGUUCUUUCCUCAAAGUCCAUCAGCAACCGUAAGAGCCAAUUGGGUGUGGUCUGGGAGAAGGGCGGCGGCUCGGGGACAGGAGUGGCACGGAAACUCCCCCCACCGCUGGCCUCCGACAUGGACAACGAGUCAACGUAUUCGGGCUAUUCCUACAAGUCGUCGCACUCGCGUACCUCCCGCAAAAACAGAGAAAGAAGGGAGCGUCAUCGCUUAAAGAACCGGGAUGGAUCGGUCCGUGGAGAUAAAUCUGUGAUGAUCCAGGCUCCGGGGGAGCCGCUGCUGGAUCCUGAGUCGACUAUAGUAGACGACAGGGAUGAUAACUGGGGGGAAACCACCACUGUGGUCACUGGUACUUCUGUGGACAGCGUCUCCAAUGAGGAUCUGACUCGGACCUCUAAAGACUUGGAGGACUCUCUACCUCUAGACUGUCGCCGCUACAUCAGCCCUGUUCUAGGAGGCAUUUUGGGCCUCAUCUCUGUAAUCACUCCUUUGGCCUUCCUUGCCCUCCCACAGCUCCUGUGGCGGGAAACAUUGGACCCCUGUGGAACGCCAUGUGAGGGUCUUUACAUCUCUCUGGCCUUCAAACUCCUGAUCCUCCUCAUCUCCACGUGGGCGUUGUUUCUCCGCCCGCCCAGAGCCACUCUGCCACGCUUCUUUGUCUUCCGCUGCCUGCUGCUGGCGCUGGUCUUCCUCUUCGUCGCGUCUUAUUGGCUCUUCUAUGGCGUCAGAGUCCUGGAGCCUCGAGAGACGGACUACAGGGGGAUUGUGGGAUACGCUGCAUCAUUGGUGGACGCACUGCUUUUCAUUCAGUACCUGGCUCUGGUUCUGCUGGAGGUUCGACACCUACGACCCGCUUUCUGUCUGAAAGUUGUCAGGACCACUGAUGGAGUCAGCCGCUUCUACAAUGUGGGGCAUCUUAGCAUCCAGAGGGCCGCAGUGUGGAUUCUGGAUCAGUACUACAGUGACUUCCCGGUCUAUAACUCUGCAUUGCUUAACCUCCCCAAGUCCAUCCUCACCAAAAAGAUCUCCUCAUUUAAAGUCUACAACCUGGAAGAAGAGAACACCAACAACUCCACAGGCCAGUCUAGAGCCAUGAUAGCAGCCGCCGCUCGGAGAAGAGACAACAGCCACAAUGAAUACUACUACGAGGAGGCAGAGAUUGAGAGGAGGGUCCGCAAACGCAGGGCCAGACUGGUGGUGGCAGUAGAAGAAGCCUUCACCCAUAUCAAACGCCACCAGGAUGAAGAGUCGCCGUCUUCCUCUCCCAAACACCCACGGGAGGUGAUGGAUCCCAGGGAAGCCGCCCAGGCCAUCUUCGCCCCAAUGGCUCGGGCCAUGCAGAAGUACCUGCGGGCCACCAGGCAGCAGUCCUAUCACACCAUGGAGAGCAUCAUCAACCAUCUGCAGUUCUGCAUCACACACAACAUGACGCCCAAGGCCUUCCUGGAGCGCUACCUCAGCCCUGGUCCCACCCUCCAGUAUCUGGAUAACAACAGGGGGCGCCAGUGGACACUAGUGAGCGAGGAGCCGGUGACAGCCUCACUGCGCCAAGGCCAGGUCUUCUGCCUGAAACGCCUCGACUUUGCGCUGGUCAUCAAGGUGAUGCCCCUCCCCUUCCUGCGCUUGACUGAAGAGUUCAUCGACCCAAAAAGUCACAAGUUUGUCAUGAAGCUUCAGUCAGAGACGUCGGUGUAGAAGGACGAAAACAGCUGGACAGAAGAGGAAGUGGAACAAUGCUUCUAUCAAGACAUUUUUUUAAUAUACCUUUUAGUAUUACCAUGUUUUAUACAUGGUUCUAAAGUAUUUAGGAAAAAAAACAAUGUAGUUUAAAUUUGAAGAAGCCAUACUAAGAAAAAAA